CAGUUCGAAGUUCAAAUAUCUCUCAUUUCCUUUCAUUUUAAGAGUUCGAAGAUGUCUGCUGAUCAGAGUCCCAACACAGACGGAUGGGUUCAAUCAGCUAAGAACACAGCUAACGCAGCUGGGGGACAUAUCGGCAAUGCAGCUCAAGCAACUAGAGACUUCGUAACCGGUGCAGGCCAGCCGAAAAAGGAAGAAACCCCUGGAUUCCUUGAAUCAGCUAAGAACACAGCUAGCACAGCUGGGGGACAUGUCGCCGGUGCAGCUCAAACAACCAAAGACUAUGUAGUCGGUGCACCGAAAAAGGAAGAGACCCCUGGAUUCCUUCAACAGACUGGAACAAAUGUGAUGAACACAGCACAAGCUGCAGCUGAUACUGUGACGAAAUCAGCACAAGGUGCAGUGGACGCUGUGAAGAACACAAUGGGAAUGAAUGAUGAAAAGAAAUGAUGAAAUGAUUUUUAAUUUCAUUUUUUUUUUUUGU